ACUACUCAAGAAAAUACAUCGAGUUCAUUAAUGAAAGAUCACCUUUUCCAACACGAAACUGUAGUAACCAGUGAACCUUACAACAGUGCAAAUCUAAGGCCUUCAGCAUUUGAGGAUUUCAACACCAGGAGAGCCUGUUUUCCUGGCCAGCCUAACCAGGUCCCACUGAAGUCUAUCAGACACGUUAGUUUUCAGGAUGAAGAUGAAAUUGUUAGAAUAAACCCUCGUGACAUUUUGAUACGUCGUUAUGCAGACUACAGGCAUCCUGACAUGUGGAAGAAUGACCUGGAGAGGGAUGACGCAGACUCAAAUAUACCAUUUUCUAAAUCAGACAGUAAAAAAUCAGACUAUUUAUACCCAUGUGGAGAUGGAACUAAGCUGAAUUCCCUGAAAGACUCAAAGAGUUCUGUGGUAUUUAAAACUCAACCUUCUUCAUCAAAAUUUAAAAACUCGAAAAGAAGAAAAGAGGAUGGUGAGCGUUCCCGCUGUAUAUACUGCCAGGAAAGGUUUAAUCAUGAAGAUAAUGGCAGAGGAAAAUGUCAGGAUGCGCCAGAUCCUAUUAGAAGAUGUAUCCACCAAGUUAGUUGCAUGCUUUGUGCAGAGAGCAUGCUCUAUCACUGCAUGUCGGACUCGGAAGGAGAUUUCUCUGAUCCUUGCUCGUGUGACACUAGUGAUGACAAGUUCUGCUUACGCUGGUUAGCACUGGUGGCACUCUCCUUCAUUGCCCCAUGUAUGUGCUGCUACCUCCCCCUGAGAGCGUGCCACCACUGCGGGGAGGUGUGUGGGUGCUGUGGAGGGAAGCAUAAAGCGGCGGGAUGAGUCAGUCUGGUGCCAAACGGAGCUGAAAAAUCUUUGUUUCCAGGAAGCAUCUAACUUGGAUUUGUGGAAGCUUUUUGGCAAGCUGAAGGGAAUCUUCUUUCAUGUAAGAGAUGCUUGAUGUGGAGGAAGCACCAAGACUUGUCAGACCUUGGCAUUUUACAAGCGCUAGCCAUGCCUAACUAUUUCCUUUGAGCGCGUGGUGUUUGUCGCAAGUUGUGAAGGAGAUUUUGCAAAGGAAAGCCUAUUCUUCUUAUUGGCUAUAAAAUGAGUAUAUAAACUAUGAUUAUACUAAAAGGGAUUAACUUUUGCCACUUUGUACAUUCAUGGUUUAGGUGAGGGGGCUCUUUUAAAAGGAUUAAAACUUACCUGAGGGGAAAUCUUAACUAAAAGUGCACUAGUGACAGUUGAUUUAAGAUUAAGAAAAGUUAAUACUUGGCAAAUGAGAAAUGAAACUGAUUUUAAGUGCAACUAAAUCACUUAUUAAUAGUUUUUUGGAAGCGACUUUAUGUAUAAAUAACAAAUGUUUAUAUUUAACUAAGUGUGUAAGGUACGAAUUAUUACAUGUUAAACUCUCCUUCCCUCUGAUACAGUAGGUAUGGACCAUAUCUACUGUCACAUUCCACGGUAAUAUUUUAAAUAUUUAAUUAGUUAAUUUAGUCACAUUUUUAUUCCAGAUGGACAAAUUGAUAUUUUCAGUCCUGUUUCCCUUCAGCUACGGUUUGUGUUGAGUUGUAUCCAUACAUUCUGAUAAUCUAAAAAACUUCAAAAUAUUAAUUAUUCUAGUCUUGAGUGACCAAUAUUUUUUUGUUAAGCACAGAUGUAAUUGUCUAAAAUGUUCUUGUUAGAACAUAACAUUUAUUUUUAUAUAUAAAUGACUUUGAUUUCAACAUAAUAGCAAAACGGAAGUUGUUUCUGUUGCUCAACCAGCAAGUUGUUUUCUUUUGGGGUGUCCUCCAAAAAUACUUUAUUGCAUAUUCAAAUGUUCAUUAAGCGAAAGGUACAUUAAGGCAGUUGUAACAAAUUGUCAUCAGUGUUCUUGUUUAUCCUUCUGUUAAACUAGGAUCCUGUUCAGCUGUUUAUCAAGUACUAUGAUUAAAACAAAAGAUUAAUA